CUCGUCAGCGCGAAAAUCACGCGAUGGAGCGCCGGCGCGGUGUACCCGCACGCGGCGCUCAUCGAGAUCCUCGGCGAAGCGAACGCUCUCGAGACGGUGACGGCCGCGCUGAUCGCGGAGCACGCGAUCCUCGGCCCGGAUGACUUCAGCGCGGAUGCAAUCGCGUGUCUCCCCGAGGUUCCCGACCGCGCGAGCGGCGAGCGAUGGGAGGUGCCGAGCGAGGAGCGAGCGACGCGGAGGGAUUUCACGAAGGUCCGCGUGGCGUCCAUCGACCCGCCGACCGCGCGCGAUUUAGACGACGCGCUCCACGCGACGAUGCGCGACGACGGCGUCCUCGUCGUCGGCGUGCACAUCGCGGACGUGUCGCACUUCGUGACGCCGAACAGCGCGCUGGAUAAAGAAGCCGGGCGGAGGGCGACGUCGACGUAUUUCGUUCAAAAGGUGAUGCCGAUGCUGCCGCGUCUGCUGUGCGACGAUCUGUGUUCGCUCAACCCCGGGGUCGAGAGGCUCACGUUCAGCGUGGAGUGGGAGAUGACCCCGGACGGGGUGGUGCUCUCCGAGUGGUUCGGUCGCGGGGUGAUACGGUCGUGCGCGAAGCUCGAUUACGGCACCGCGCAGAGCGUCGCCGCCGCGGACGCGAACGACCCGGGGGCGUGGGACCCGCGCGCGGUCGCGGAGACGAUCGGUCUCCUGAGCCGCGCGGCGCGAGGGAUGCGCGCGCGGCGAUUCCAAAACGGCGCGCUGCGGCUCGACCAAUCGAAACUCAGCUUCGAGCUGGACGCCGCCGGGCAGCCGUCCUCCGCGGCGGCGUACGUCACCCGCGAGGCGAACCAGCUCGUGGAGGAGUUCAUGCUCCUCGCGAACACGACGGUCGCGACGUUCAUCGCGUCCGCGUAUCCGGACCGCGCGUUGCUUCGAUGCCACCCGGAGCCGGACGAGCGAAAGGUGAAGCAGCUCGAGACGUUCGCCGCCGAGCGCGGGCUGCGCGUCGACGCGUCCAGCAGCGGCGCGCUGCACCGAUCGCUGACCGCGCUGCGGGCGUCCAACCCGGACGGGUACGAGGUCGCGAAGCUCCUCGCGACGCUUCCGAUGCAGCUCGCGCGGUAUUUCUGCACCGGGAAGCAAGACGAGGAGACCUGGGGGCAUUACGCGUUGGCGUUCGAGCGGUACACGCACUUCACGUCGCCGAUUCGGCGGUACCCGGACGUCGUCGUGCACAGGAUCGUCGCCGCGGCGUUAGACGCGGGGUUCAAGGGCAGAAGAGCGAAUCGCUCUGAUGACGGCGACGGCCGAUGCAACGAGCGGAAGCUCGCCGCCAAGGCGGCGCAAGAGGGGUCCAUUCACGCGUAUCUGUGCGCGUUUUUGAGGACGACGCCGAAGGUGGUGAGCGGCAUCGUGCGCGCGGUCGGGAAGAAGUACCUCCUAGCGUACGUGCCGACGUACGGCAUGGAGGUGAGGGUUCGAUUGGAGGGGUUGAGGCGG